AUGGGCGCGGCGCUGCUGCUGCUUCUGCUGGCGGGUUUGGCGGCGGCGGCGCGGGACACGCGGCGCGCCGUGGUACCGGGCGCCGUGCGACUCGGCGCGCUGUUCGCCGUGCACGGCGCGCCGGGCGGCGGCGGCGCGUGCGGCGCCGUGCGCGAGCACUACGGCAUCCAGCGCGUGGAGGCCACGCUGCGCGCGCUGGACGCCAUCAACAAGGACGCGGCGCUGCUGCCGGCGCUGCCGCUGGGCGCCGAGCUCCGCGACUCGUGCUGGGCGCCGCACACGGCGCUGCGCCAGACCAUCGACCUGGUACGCAAGGCCAUCGACCCGCAGGCGCACGCCGCCGUCACCUGCGCUGCACCUGGCGCCGCCGGCACUGCCGAGGACCAAACGGAGACGGCGCCGCUGCUGGGCGUGCUGGGCCCGGGAGCCAGCGCCGCCGCCGUGCAGGUGCAGAACCUGCUGCAGCUCUUCUCCAUCCCGCAAGUGUCGUAUUCAGCGACGUCGCGCGAGCUGUCGGAUCGCGCGCGCUUCGCGACGUUCUUCCGCGUGGUGCCGUCCGACCGGCACCAGGCGCGCCUGCUGGUGGCGCUGCUGCGCGCGCACAACUGGACCUACGUGCACGCCGUGCACACCGACGAGAGCUACGGGCAGAGCGGCAUGGCAGCGUUCCGCGAGGAGGCGCUAGUGGGCGGCGUGUGCGUGGCGCGCGAGGAGGGGCUGCGCGCUGCGCCCGCUCCGGCUGAGGUAGAUGCAGUGCUGGAGAGACUGGCGCGCGGCCCGCGGGUUGCUGUGUGCUGGUGCGAGGGUCGGACAGCGCGCGCGCUGCUGGCGGGCAUGGCGCGGUCGCCGGCGCGGCGGCUGCGGCUGGUGGGCAGCGACGGCUGGGCCGACCGCGGCGACGUGGUGGCCGGCCUGCAGGCCCCAGCUGACGGCGCGCUCACGCUGCGCAUCCGCUCGCCCUAUCUUGCCGGCUUCGACACUCACUACCACAAUCUGCACCCCAGGAACAACACCAGGAACCCCUGGUUCCAGGAAUUUUGGGAACAGAAAUUCAACUGUUCGCUGGCAGUAAACCCGCCCGUUGGAGUUGAAGCCUGUACUGGCACGGAGUCGCUGGCUCGCGGCUACUCACAGGAGCCGAAACUAGCGCUGGUGGUGCGCGGUGUGUACGCACUCGCGCACGCGUUGCACGCCAUGCGCGCGGCGCGCUGCGGCGCCCGUCCCGGCCUGUGCGCCGCCAUGCUGCCCUUCAACGUGUCGAUGUACCAGACGUAUCUCCAGCGCGUGCGCUUCACCGCACCCGACGGCGCGCAGGUCGCCUUCGACGACAACGGCGACCCGCCGCCCGAGUUGAGUGAGUACGACGUGAUGAGCUUCGAACGCGCGCCAGGCAAGGGAGAGACGGGCAUGGAUGGGGACGGAGAGGGGGAGGCAUGGCAUUACGUGCGUGUGGGCCGUUGGCGGCGCGGCCAGCUGCAACUGCGCGGCGGCCGGCAUGCGCCCGAGAGGCGUGCAGCGGGCACGGAGGCGGUGUGCUCGGCGCCGUGCGCGCCGGGGCACUGGGCGCGCGCGGCGGGCGGUGGUGACGGCGGGGAGGCGGGAGGCCCGGCGCGGCGCGCGCCGUGCUGCUGGACGUGCGUGCCGUGCGCGCCGCUCGCCGUCACGCGCGCGCCGCCGCACGCUGGCUGCCGGCUCUGCCCGCCCGGACACAGGCCCGAUAUGCACAGGAAAUUGUGCCUGCCGUCGCCGGUGGAGUGGGGCGGCGGGCGCGGCGGCGGCUGGGCGCGCGCGCUGGCAGGCGGCGCGGGCGCCGCGGGGCUGGCGGGCGUGUCGCUGUGCGCGGCAACGUUCUGGCGACACCGCGGCACGCCUGUCGUCAAGUCUGCGUCGCGCGAGCUGUGCGCGCUGCUGCUGGUCGCGGCUGCGCUCUGCCAUGUCGCCGCGCUGGCAGCAGUGGCGCGUCCCGCGGUGCUCCCGUGCGCGCUGGCGAGGCUAGCGGCCCCGGCACUGGGCGGCGUGUACGCGGCUGUGCUCGCGCGCACCGUGCGCAUAGCGCGUCUGGUCGCGGGCGCCGAGCGCGGCCAGUCCGUGCCGCUACUGUCCUCGCGCGCGCAAGUGGCCGGAUGGGGAGUGCUGGUAGCGCCGGGCGUGGUGGCGGCCGCGUGGGCGGCGGCGCGCUGGCCGCCGACGCCGCGCUUGCUGCACCCGGGGCGCGCACGCGCCGUGCUCGUGUGCGGUGGCGAGCGCGCGACGGCACAGCUGCUGCCGCUUGCGCCGGCGCUGCUGCUUCUGGCUUGCUGCGCGGUUGCCGCGAUUCGCACUCGCCGGUUACCGCAUAACUUCAAUGAAACUAGGUUCAUCGGCGCGGCAACCUACACGACAGGCGUGGCGUGGCUGGCGAUGUCGGCGCUGUACGUGGCGUUGGAGGCGCGCGCGGUGGCGCUGUGCGCAUGCGCGUCCCUCUGCGCGGGCGCCUGCGUGGCGCUGUCCCUCGGCCCGCGCGCCUGGCUCUGUCUGUGUCGCCCGCAACGAAACACGCGCGCGCACUUCCUUACGAACACCUCCAUAAGAUGCCAUAUCGGGAAGUACCGCCCUGCUGCUCCCGCGUCGGACAGGCGAGUCUCGCAACCACAUUUGGCCUCUUUUAAACAAGAGUUCCGUGACAAGGGCGUGCAGACGGCGGGGUGCGCAGAGGCGGAGGCCGGCGCGGGAAGCUGGUGCGCGGCGGCCGGCGUGUGCGCGCGAGUCACGCGCUCGGCGCCGCCCGUCGAGGGGGAGGAGGGGGAGGUGGACGUUGUUAUCACGCUGCUGCACCACCGACACGCACUGCCAGUAGAACACUAUUAG